AUGUCUGUCGAACGAGAGAAAGAUAAAUCGAAGGUCCAUAAGCUUUCGCUGAAAGGGUCAUCGAAGCUGGUUGCGGAAUUCUUCCAAUACUCGAUAAAUACCAUACUAUUCCAGCGUGGAGUUUACCCCGCCGAAGACUUCACAGCUGUCAAGAAGUAUGGCCUCACAAUGCUGGUCUCAUCGGACGAUCAAGUCAAGGCGUACAUAAAGAAAAUAAUGUCACAGCUCGAUAAGUGGAUGAUUGGAGGAAAGAUAUCGAAGCUUGUUGUUGUUAUUACGAGUAAAGAUACUGGCGAGCACGUCGAGCGAUGGCAGUUUGACGUCCAAAUAUUCAACAAAUCCUCCUCCAAGAAAUCUUCGAAGAAGAGCGCUGACAAGGAAAACGCUACUCCUAAUGACGCACCCGCCCCACCACCAGAAAAAACAGAAGUAGAAAUCCAAGCCGAGAUACAGUCCAUCUUCCGACAAAUCACCGCUUCAGUAACCUUCCUCCCACAGCUCGACGGCGAUUGCACGUUCAAUGUGUUAGUUUAUGCGGAUGCGGAUAGUGAGGUACCGAUGGAAUGGGGAGAUAGCGAUGCGAAGGAGAUUAAAAAUGGCGAGAAAGUGCAACUAAGGAGUUUUAGUACGACGAAUCAUAAGGUGGAUACUUUGGUUAGUUAUCGAGUUGGAGAUUAG